UCUUAUUUUGUCGAUCUCCUUGUGAGGUUACCGAGGUCACAUAUAUAAGAAGUUUUUCUAAUUCAGUAAAAUACACGUUUUUAAAAUAUGGUGGACGAACAGUUAUCUGGAGCUUUGCGAGAUUUACCAGGCAGAGUUCUAAACGUGCCUGUUGAAGAACGACAACAUUUAUUUCGAAAUGUGUCCUCAGUUUUAAGACAUUCUGGUAUAAAUUCAACAAUAGUUCGUGGCAUAUGUAAAGUGAUUGGAACUACGAUAACGAAAUAUAAGGAUCCUACAUCGCAGCUGAUAGUUAGAGAUCUUUUAUUAGACCUUGUAACUACUCAUCAUGAUUUAACAAUUGAACAUAUGUUAAACGUCUUUAAAGCUUUUAUAUUUAAAGAGUUCGCUAGUGUACCCCUCAAAAUCGUGUAAAUUGGCCGUUAUAGCAUUAGGAUGGAUAUCUAUCAUACAAAAACAAGCACAACGUGAAUCAAACAUCUUUAAAACCGAGAAAAAAAAAUUGAUUGAAUAUCAGUCGUUGUUAUUUCAAAUAACUGUUAUAUCGCCAAACCAAAAAGUUACAGACGCGAGAACAAAAAUAUUGUAG